AUGGAGCGGAAAGUGCUUGCGCUCCAGGCCCGAAAGAAAAGGACCAAGGCCAAGAAGGACAAAGCCCAAAGGAAAUCUGAAACUCAGCACCGAGGCUCUGCUCCCCACUCUGAGAGUGAUCCACCCGAGCAGGAAGAGGAGAUCCUGGGGUCUGAUGAUGAUGAGCAGGAAGAUCCCAAUGAUUACUGUAAAGGAGGUUACCAUCUUGUGAAAAUCGGCGAUCUAUUCAAUGGGAGAUAUCAUGUGAUCCGAAAAUUGGGCUGGGGACACUUUUCAACAGUGUGGUUAUCAUGGGAUAUUCAGGGAAAGAAGUUUGUAGCCAUGAAAGUAGUUAAAAGUGCUGAACAUUAUACUGAAACAGCACUAGAUGAAAUCCGGUUGCUGAAAUCAGUGCGAAAUUCAGACCCUAAUGAUCCAAAUAAAGAAAUGGUUGUUCAACUGCUAGAUGACUUUAAAAUAUCAGGAGUUAACGGAACACAUAUCUGCAUGGUGUUUGAAGUUUUGGGGCAUCAUCUGCUGAAGUGGAUCAUCAAGUCCAAUUAUCAAGGGCUUCCACUGCCUUGUGUCAAAAAAAUCAUUCAGCAAGUGUUACAGGGUCUGGAUUAUUUACACAGCAAGUGCCGGAUCAUCCACACUGACAUUAAGCCAGAAAACAUCUUGUUGUCGGUAAAUGAGCAGUACAUCCGGAGGCUGGCUGCAGAAGCCACAGAAUGGCAGCGGUCUGGAGCUCCUCCACCUUCCGGAUCUGCAGUCAGUACUGCGCCCCAGCCUAAACCAGCUGACAAAAUGUCAAAGAAUAAGAAGAAGAAAUUGAAGAAGAAGCAGAAGCGCCAGGCAGAAUUACUAGAGAAGCGAAUGCAGGAAAUUGAGGAAAUGGAGAAAGAGUCGGGCCCUGGGCAAAAAAGACCAAACAAGCAAGAAGAAUCAGAGAGUCCUGUUGAAAGACCCUUGAAAGAGAACCCACCUAAUAAAAUGACCCAAGAAAAACUUGAAGAGUCAAGUACCGUUGACCAGGAUCAUACACUUGUGGAACGUGGUGUAGAGGGUGGUACAGCAGAAAUUAAUUGCAAUGGAGUAAUUGAAAUCGUUAAUUAUACUGAGGACAGUAAUAAAGAAACACUGAGGCUUAAAGACGACCUACAUAAUGCUAAUGACGCUGAUGUUCAAAAUUUGAAGCAGGAAACUAGUUUCCUAAGCUCCCAAAAUGGAGACAGCAGCACAUCUCAAGAAACAGACUCUGGUACACCUGUAACCUCUGAGGUGUCAGAUACUGUGUUGUCUCAAUCUUUAUCAAAUGUAGACCAGUCACUCAGUGAACAGGACAUCAGCCAACUUCAAGAAAGUAUUCGGGCAGAGAUACCUUGUGAAGAUGAACAAGACCAAGAACGUAAUGGACCACUGGACAGCAAAGGAAAAUCUACUGCUGGAAAUUUUCUUGUUAAUCCCCUCGAGCCAAAGAAUGCAGAGAAGCUCCAAGUGAAGAUUGCUGAUCUUGGAAAUGCCUGUUGGGUGCAUAAACAUUUCACUGAAGAUAUUCAGACAAGGCAAUAUCGUUCCUUGGAAGUUCUGAUAGGAUCGGGCUAUAGCACCCCUGCCGACAUUUGGAGCACAGCAUGCAUGGCCUUUGAACUGGCCACUGGUGACUAUUUGUUUGAACCUCAUUCAGGGGAAGAGUACACUCGAGAUGAAGAUCACAUUGCACUGAUCAUAGAACUUCUGGGGAAGGUGCCUCGCAAGCUCAUUGUGGCAGGAAAAUAUUCCAAGGAAUUUUUCACCAAAAAAGGUGACCUGAAACACAUCACGAAGCUGAAGCCCUGGGGCCUCUUCGAGGUUCUGGUGGAAAAGUAUGAGUGGUCUCAGGACGAGGCAGCUGGCUUCACGGAUUUCCUACUGCCCAUGUUGGAGCUGAUCCCCGAGAAGAGGGCCACUGCCGCUGACUGUCUCCGGCACCCGUGGCUCAGCUCCUAG